AUGGAAGAAGAGGGAAGAAAAAAGUGUUUUGUCGUUAACCCAAGAGGGAGAAAAACUCAAAAUUCUAAUAAUUAUACAUUUUCAUUUGACUGCGAUGCUGUGACAGAUCAAAUAUUCUCAUAUCCAAGUGAUUACAGAAUAUCUUAUACAGAAGAGUAUAUAAACAGGCAAAUUCUCUCUAUGUCCCUAUGGUCUAUAAUAGCAGUGAAUUUGCUAGAGAUAGAGAGAUCAUCUAAAGUGCUUGACAUGUGCUGUGCCCCUGGUAUGAAACUAGUAUAUUCUGGACUAUUGUUAGACAGUGCAAAUUAUAAUAACAGCACGAAAACAGGAUCCAUAACUGGCAUAGAUAUUUCACGAUCAAGGCUAAGUAUAGCUAAAUCACUUGUGUUGAAAUAUAAAGUACCAAAUGUACGGCUUGUGCUUGGAGACACGUCUUGUUUUACUAGUCCACCAAUCAUACCUGCAUCGCUGGAUAAGGUAAGAAACAAAGAGGGUGUGUGCAGGUGCGGUGGAAUAUCAGAGACCCCGCCAGAAAAAGCAUAUUAUACUAGCACUAAUCUUAGAAGAAUAGGGCAUAGGCAUAUCCCACAAAAGUAUGAUAGAAUACUUGUAGACCCAGAGUGCUCACAGACUAGCACAGUUAAGUAUAUGCAAGGAGACAAGCCGCCUACAAAAGACUACUCAAGGAUUCAAAUUAACAUUCUAAGCCAUGGAAUAAGCUUGCUGGAAGAGAACGGAAUACUUAUUUACUCUACGUGUACAUUUGAGGAAGAAGAAAAUGAAAAUGUUAUUCAGCAGGUUCUAGAAAAGCAUCCUCACAUAGUCCGCGUACCAAUUGAAGAAAGCACGCUUGCAGCAUAUGGUGUAAGUACAAAAAAUAUAAGAACCGAAAGAAGUGAGAAGUUGCCUUUUAGUGACAGUUUAUUUAUAGCCAAAUUAAAACAUAGCAGGCACAUAUCAUAA